GUGCUUAUUCGUGCUCACAUUAUCAUCUAUAAAUAAUUAACUCAUCGAAACUCGCAUUUCAGUUGAUUCCAUUCAACAGCCUAAACCUGUUGAUGGCUGUGAGCGCGCGCGCGUGUGCAUCAAGUAAUUCGUUCCCCUGUACACAUACAUAUAUAACGACAUAAAUACCAAGAAAAUAGUAAUAUAUAAAAAUAAACGUUGAAAAGUGUAUUUAGUGUGUUUUGUAUUAAAACAAAUUUUUAUAAAUAUAUACAGUGUGUAAAAGCAGUUGAGGAAUUCUAAACAAAAUGAAGUUCUCGAUGAGCAUAUCUACCAUUUUCAUUGCCAUAUUGGCGCUGACAAAUGCCACCGAAGUUGGCAAGUGUCCAAAAUCUACAGCACGCGCCUUGACUCCGGACGAAGUGAGUAUCUCCAAUUGUCCUAAAAAUAAAUGCACACUCAAGCGCAACACAGAACCCAACAUUGAGAUGAAAAUUAAACCCGAACGCGAUUUCGCCGAGCUCAAUUCCGAUAUACAGGGCAUUAUUUUAGAUGUGCCACUGCCAUUCCCCGGUUACUAUGGCACCAGCGCCUGUCCGUACAUUUACGAUGCUGAGGGCAAAGAGAAGGUGGGCUGUCCAUUGAAAGCCGGUCAGACGUAUACCUACAAGAAUAGCUUCAAGAUUCUGCCAAUCUACCCAACUGUGAACUUGGUGAUUCACUGGGCUUUGGGUGAUAAACAAGGUGAUGCUGUUUGCUUCCAAAUACCAGCUAAGAUAAAGGCAUAAUUGUGAAUGCUGAAAAUAUGCAGAUUCGAUUUGCUGGCAAUUAAAACAUUUUUUUUGUGAUAAAUUUUUUACUUGCUUACAUAAGUAACUGUAUUGUGGAAAUUAAAUGUAUGUAUUUGGAUUUGUUGGUAAAUCAAAUAAAAUACAGUACGUACAUAUUUUCUGCAACCAAGAUGUGGCAAUUCAAAAAUUUAAGUUCUAGCUUAUAUUUACAUGUGUAUGUGUAUGUACAUAGGCAUGUAUGUAUGUCUGUCUUCAUACAGCCAAUACAAAUUGAAGUAUGUAUAAAUAAUAUUGAUGCAUCCAGCCCCGCUGCAUCAAUAUUACAAAGUAGCUUCGUAUUAAGUUUACUUUUAAAUUAGAGGCGAUUGUAACCUGAACGAGUUGUUUGUAUAAGUGUACACGUAGCCUGUGUAUAAACGAAAAUACGGCAAAAUACAUUUAGAGGAAUUUUGGAAAAAAAAAUUUACAAUGCUUCUUAUACAUAGAUAGUAUUAGCUUAAUCAACGCGUAAAAUACACAAAAAUAUUUUUCUUA